CCCGCGGCCCGUCGGUCUUUCCUGGUUGGGCCGGUCUUCGGUAGGGCGCCAGCAUGGGAGUCGACAUUCGCCAUAACAAGGACCGGAAAGUCCGGCGCAAGGAGCCCAAGAGCCAGGACAUCUACCUGCGGCUGUUGGUGAAGCUCUACCGGUUCCUGGCCCGAAGAACCAACUCAACUUUCAACAAGGUUGUGCUGAAAAGGCUGUUCAUGAGCCGGACCAACCGGCCCCCCCUGUCCCUGUCCCGAAUGAUCAGGAAGAUGAAACUGCCGGGCAGGGAAAACAAGACAGCUGUGGUUGUUGGGACCGUGACCGAUGAUGUGAGGAUCCAGGAUGUCCCCAAGCUGAAGGUGUGUGCUCUUCGUGUUACUAGCAAUGCCCGGAAUCGCAUCCUCAAGGCUGGUGGGAAGAUCCUCACCUUUGACCAGCUGGCCAUGAGCUCACCCAAGGGCAAGGGCACUGUCCUGCUGUCUGGUCCCCGCAAGGGCCGCGAGGUAUACAGGCAUUUUGGGAAGGCACCUGGCACUCCCCACAGCCACACUAAACCAUAUGUCCGAUCCAAGGGCCGAAAGUUCGAACGUGCCAGGGGCCGCCGCGCCAGCCGAGGCUACAAAAACUAAUUCCCCUCCUCCUUGUUACAUUAAAGAUUUUUGACAACA